AUGUCCCAAAUUGCAUUUCGACAUCUAGUGGAUGCUGCAGCGGAGACAAACACUGGGGUCCUGCCUUUCAUGCGCCAACGACAACAACAACCGCAAGUGCAGCCGCAGGCCCAGGGCGUGCGGCGGCGACUAGUUGGCGUCAUAAACACGCUUGGGGGAAUGAGACUGGCACCCGGUGAAUGGCUUCUCGACACUGGAGCCGAGGAUCACCUGACCUUCACGCCUGAGGACGUGGAGGGUCUGAAGCCGGUGCGCGAGGGCGAGGGUGUCGUUUUUGAGGUGGCGGAUGGGCGGACGGUUAGCUCGAUUGGUGAGGGCAGGGCGGUUUUCGCCUCUUUUCGAGGGCAGACGGAAUUGUCGGUACCUGUACACGUAGUUCCGGACCUGCAACACCGCCUGUUCUCAGUCAAGGCCCUGAAGAGAUCCUUCCCGGAUCAGGUGGUAGAGGUUGUCCUGUCCGCCGAUUGCUCGUAUAUAGCAAUAGACGGAAUUCCCGCUGUCGAUGUGUUCGAGGAGAACGGGAUGUACAUCGUGCUUGCGCAGCCAGAUGCCGAGUGGAAUAGGGCAUUAUCACUGCAUCGCUUUCCCAAGGAAAAGUUAGACACCUUGCAUCGUCGCAUGGGGCAUGCUAGCCUCACCCGUUUUGAUAGGCCGUUUUUUUACGACCUGGUCCAUUCGGAGCCCAUAUGCCGCGAGGAAAGCCUUCGUCCGGAGAGCAAGGUCUGCGAGCCGAGGGCGCCCUUGGUCGAGAUCGAGAUGAAUCCUGUAGGCGGGCCGGCUGGCGACGAGGGGUCGGAUGACGAGCCGGGGCCGUUGAUUGAUGACGAUGAGGCGUCGGAUUGGUCCGAGUCUGAUAGUGAUGAUGACGGUGAAGUGGAUGAGGAGUGUUGGAUAAAGAUUACGGAUUGA